UUUUUUUCUUUCAGUCCUGUAGAUUCAUGGGAUCCUUCUUCUGUAUCUUAUAUUACAAAUAUGAAAAGAGAUAUGGAGGAAGCAUAUAUUGAAGUAAAAGGUGUUGAAAAAAAUAUGCUUGUUGGCUCUCUUUAUGUUACUCUUUGUGAUGGUGAAGUUAUUUGUGUUAAUGAUGAACUGAUUGGGAAACAAUUUGCUCGUGCUUAUCCUGAUAGUUCAGAACUAAUAAUAACAUUAGAAAAUUUUGUGCAACAGCGGUCUCGUCCACCAACACCGUGUGCUAAGUUACCAAUCUAUUCUUCUGCAGAAAGUAUUUCUUCUACAAGUUCUUCCAAAAGUUUUAAGGAUGUAACCUCUAAAGGAAUAGUUGAGAAUUGUGAGCCUAGGAAGAAAGAUAUUUCCAAUAAUCAAGUUGGAAGAAGAAUGACUGGCCGCAUUGCUGUUGAUAUGGAUGAAUUGAAUAGGGAAAAAGAUGUAUUUUCUCAGGUUGCAACUAAUCAAGUACCUAAAUCCAAUAAAAAAAUUUCGCAAUUGGAUAAAUAUCGUCAAAUCAAGUCCUUUCUAUCAGCUCGCUCAGAUGUAGAAUCUGUUAAAAGUCAUGAAUCAUCUGUUGAUCUUGAAUGCAGUGAUUUAAGUUUGCCAGAAUCUUUUUGUAGCUCUGAAGGGGCGAAUGACUUCGAUAAAAAAUGGUCAGAGACUUCGAGUACGGAGCGAGAUAAUAAGGAUACUGACAGAUCUCAUAUUAAGUCACCUUCUCAAAAUGCUCAUUCAAAACUUGAUACUAUAAAAAAGUUUUUGUUAGCCAAAAGAAAAUCUACUUCUCCGAAUCUCAAAUGUAAUUCUCAGUCUGGAAGUGCCUCUUUUCCUCCUAAUCAAAACUCAAUUGUUGAGACUCCCAAAGAAGACGUUAAUAACAGAAGUGAAACAACCAAUCAAAACACAGUUUCUUUGGAAAAAUUCGUUAAAAGUGUUAUGUCAGAUGUUGAUGAUCCUGAUGAUUUGUUGCAGUGUGCCCUUGAUCCUGAUAAAAGGAAAAACAUUUCUUCUGAGACUGAAUCAAGCAGCUCUUCUAGUCCUAGAAAAUUAAGUGUCAGAUAUAAUAACAACUGUGAAGCAAACGUCUCAUUCGAUUUCGGCCCUAAGGCUAUUUGGGAAAAAUUUAAAGUUCCAGCAAAAUGUAUUGGAGAAGCCAUUCCUAAUCCUGUGUUAUCUGUUGAUGAAACAACAUUUACUUCAGCAGUGAGAAAAAUUCUUGAAACUAUAAAUUUCUAUGGUCCAUCUUCUAUACAGUCUGUUGUUUGGCCUUCAAUGAAUAGAUCACGUAAUUUAGCUGCUAUUGCACCACCACAUUCUGGAAAAACUGUUGGUUAUCUUCUGCCACUUGUAUCAAAUAUGACCGAUGGGUUCUUUUAUAGUAAAAUACCUAAAGGAAAAGGACCCCUAGCUAUAAUACUGUGUUCCUCAUGGAAGAAAGUUCAAGCUGUUUAUGAAUAUUUUUGCACUUUUGGAGCGUUAUCUAAACUAAAAAUUGUCACUUUUUUUGCUGAUGGCAUAAGCAAAAGAGCUAAGAUAACUACUUUAACAAGUGGAUGUGAUGUUAUAAUUUCUGUUCCAUCCUCUCUACUAGAGCUUUUUAAAGAGAAAGCUGUGGAUAUCUCUAGAUGUUGUCAUUUUAUUUUAGAUGAUGGAAACAUUUUAUUGUCUCAGCAAAUUGAAAAGGUAACAAAAUUAAUGCUAACAUUUGUUGAAAGUAUUCGAUCUAGAGUACCACUGUCUGUUUCGCUUCAAAUCAUUGUGUGUGCUGAGAGAUGGACAAAAAGUAUAUCAGCAUUUGUGGAAAAAUUCAUGAACAAUCCUAUCUUGUUAUUUACUUCAUUUUUAGAAUGGGCUAUUUAUGCUCAAAUACCCAUGUUUGGCCAUGUUUGUUUUGACAAUAAGAAUGAUAAAUUAGUGGAAAUUUUGCAAAACGCUGUCAGGACAAUUAUUUGCACCAGUGAUAAAGAAGCAGCUCUAGAAGUCCAUUCUCACUUAAAAUUUGAAAGCAUAAGAUCUUUUUUAGUUACUGAUGAUAUGGAACACUAUAUUUCAAAAGAGGUUAUUAAAGAUUGGAAAUCUGUUCAGUUCUCAUCUGUACCUAAUUGUUUAGUUAUUACUGAUGCAGCUUUGAUUGAUAUGCCUGUUAGUAAUGCUAACCAUCUCAUUCAUUAUGACAUUCCUGAAUUAUCCCGUUCACAGUUUGGAAACCGAUUUGGCUGUGUUGUUGAAAGCUCCACUACAACAGACUACAAAUCAGAUUGCAGUGUUCAUAUUCUUAUAUCUCAAGAAUGCUCUUAUCAAGCUGCAGCUUUAUUGAAGAUCAUCAGUCGAAGUGGUGUAGAGGUUUCCAAAGAACUGAAGAUUAUAGCUUCUAAACAACCAAAGAUUUUGAAAAGCUCAGAUGUAUCUCUAUGUUCUAAUUUUAAAGCAUAUGGUAAAUGUGGUGUAUCUAAUUGUGAAUCACGACAUCAUAUUGAUUCUGUUGCUGAUAGGCCUUCAAUUAUUCCUAAAGAAGGUGACAUUCAAUGUCUAAUAACUCAUGUGUUUGAUGCCACCCAUUACUAUGUCAGACUUUUGAAGUAUAUAUCACCCAGUGAAGAAAACCCCAAACAUGUGUCAAUGAGUGCUACAUAUGCCAAAAUUGGGUUCAUGUUGAAAAAAUUUUAUUCUAUGGAAGAAAAUCAAAUAAAAGUGAACUCUGUUAAGAUUGGUGAACAAUAUGUUCUUGAAGAUAAAAAUAAGCUUUUUUACCGAGUUAAGGUUUUAAAUAUUACUGAAUCACCAAAAGAGAUAACGUUUGGAUUUCAAGAUGAAGGAUGGGUCAAAACUUAUACUAACUGCCAGUUGUAUUAUCAGGUUAGCGAUUUAGAUUUGCCUGCUCCUGUAGCUGCUGAAGUAUAUUUAUGUGGUAUGACGCCUCCAGAUUCGUGUUUAGAUUGGAAUUUUCAAGCAUCACACUUUAUCCAUAAAAUGAUCUUUGGAAAGGAAGUUCACGGAAAAAUUGUUCUUUGUCUUGACAAUACUUUGUGGUUGAAUCCAAUUGUUCUUCGAGAAAAACUGAUAUUUGCUAAUGAUUACUUAAAUUUGAUGACAGUUAGUAAAGAACUAAAGGAUUAUGGUUAUGCAGUUGAAAAUAAGCAGCAUAUACCUUUGCUUCAUAAAGCUUGUGAAGGCAUAGUAUCCUUUCCGAAAAUUGCAGAUACUUCUACACAGGUUAAUGUUUAUAAUGAACCAGAACAAACUGAAAUUUUUCACGCUUUUUUGGAACUGAAUCUUCUUGAAGAUGUCUAUGUUUCUAGUGUAGUUUCUCCUCAUCAAUUUUACGUUCAAAGAGAAAAAUUUGUUGAUUGUUUAGAUAAACUUCUGGAUAAAAUAGAUGAGUUUAGACAGAACCAUAUGUUGAAGAAAUGCAAAACUUUUCAAAAGGGAAUGCAUUGUAUUGCACCAUUUAGUGAAGAUAAUAGAUACUAUAGAGCUGAAGUGAUAGAUAUUCUGUUGGACAAAGAGGAAGUGCAGUUAUUUUAUGUUGAUUUUGGUGAUACUGGCUAUUCAAAAAUUAGUUUGAUUUAUAAUUUGCUUCCUGAGUUUUUGCUUCUGCCAUUUCAAGCAAUUGAAUGUGAAUUGGAUGGAGUUCAAGCUGUUCAUGGUGGAUGGACUGAUAAGACUACUGACAGCUUUUAUAAUCUCACUCGGGAUAAUGCUGGUGAUAUGAAAGUUUUGUCACUAAAGGCAUACUCUAAAUCUCCAAGUUAUACUGGUGGUAAUCAUUACGUUGUGGAUUUGUGGAAUGGGGAAAAAUCUUUAUCAGAUCAACUCUUAGAAACUGGUUUAGUUGAAGAAAAAGAAAGAGUCUCCAGUUCUAUAUCUUUUCCUGUAGAAGAGGAGAAAAAAGAAGAAUAUUGGGAUGACAUUCCUCCUGGAUAUAAUGUAUCUUCCUCCGAUGAAGAAUUAGACACAGACGAGAAAGAUGAUCGGGCUUUGUUCUGUGUAGCUUUAGCUAAACUGAUGUUAGUUGGUGAUCAACAAUUAAGUAAAGAACAAGACAGUGCAAUUACAGAACUUCUAAAGAAUGUAGACUUGAAAAAACCCUGUGAUUUAGCAAGUAUGACUGAUAAUAAUCACCUGAAGGUUGCUGAAAAUAUUGAUGAUAGAAAAGCCUGUGAUAAAACUCUUUCUCCACUUGAUUCCAUACGAAAAUUAAUGAAGACGAGAUCUAAAUGCCGAAAAAAAAUAUUGAAGCCUCACAUUGUUUGGUGGGAUACCAAAGAAAAAGUAAAUAUGACAAUUAUGAUGAAAGAUUUGAAAAUAUAUGAAAUCGAUAUAAAUGACAAUGGAUUCUCAUUCAAGUCUUCUACAAACACAGCAGAUUACUUUAUUGAAGAAGCUUUUUUCUCUAAAGUAUUGUCAAAAGAAAACUCCUCUAAUACUGUUCCAGCUGGUUUGCAUAUUUCCAUAUUUAAAGCUGAACAUUCCAAAUGGCCUCGUUUAAUACAGAAAAAUUUAAAAUGUCCAUACAUUAAAUAUGAUUUUGAUCACCUUGAUGAUUCUGAUUCGGAGGACCCAGUUCCUGAAAGAAGUUAUGUUCAAAGAGAAAAUGUUGAAGUAUUACCUUGUGAAGAUGACGAGGAAGACAAAGAAUUUUCUGAUGAUGAAGAAACUUACGUACAACCAUGGAAACAUUUGGCUGAAUAUAAAGAUCCAUUUGAUCCUCUGCAUUGAAAGCAACUUGGUAACGAUGUGCAAUUUGCAUUUACAUAUUGUUAUUUAUUUUUUUUAUCUUGUGAUGUUUUUUAACCUAAUGUCAAAUAGGUAUAUUUUAGUGUUGUAACUGUUGUUACUGUAAAUAUGCAUAAUUUUUUUAUAAAAAAGAUCUUUUUUAUGUGCCUGUAUGUAUAACCAGAUUAAUAUUAUGAGAAGAAAUUUUAUAACAGAUUCAAAAAUAUAUAUCAAAUUAUUUUUAAUAAAAUUUUGAUUCUAGGUA